AUGCAUAGCAGAACAAUUUUUCUCAUUACGCUUACGACCUAUGCAUUUGCGGCGGAUACUAAUGUGGAAGUUAAAUUGAAGGCGGAGAAAUGCGACAACUUACAUACAAAGGGCAGUGAAGAUCUCCAAAUCCCCUACAUAGCCAUCUAUCACACUGAUAAAGAGAACAGGAUUAAAAGUGCCGGCUUGUACAAAUUAGAUGGAGAUUUCAAAAGCGGAACAGUCUCAGUUAAAUCACCUUUCAAUCAUAAUUCAAAAGGGAAAUUUUCUGGACCUCAACUACAAGACGAUCCGAAUGGUGUAUAUCAAAUCGUGUUAUCUGUUCAGGCAAAAACACAAGCAAAAGAUUCAGUGCUUGCAUAUUAUGCGACCACACUCUUCGAUACAAGCAAAGGGUUACAAGAAUCAAACGAAGAUUUUGACCCGAAACAGUAUCAUGAGGGUCCGUUUCUGAUUGGCGAAGUAUCGGUGACUGUUAACGGUCGGAAAGUCAUAAAUAGAAAGAGUAAAUUGGACAGAUGCGACAACGUUUUCGCUUGGAUCCCACAAACGGGUAUCUAUCUGCUCCGAGAUGAUGUAUGGAUGACUAUGUACUAUAUCCCCCACUAUUGGCCACAAGUUCUUUCGUAA